CCAUGUCCCUCCGUCUGCAGAUGUGGACGACAGACUUGUCCGAGGUUUGAAGACAGGGCAUCACCUCUGCUGGGACACGGGAGGAAAACAAAGGAGAGGAGGGAGCGGAGAGGAGAGGAGGUGCUGGCAUACUGGGACGCCUGCGAUGGAGUCUUUCACAGGAGAUACAGACGGAAGCACCGAAGACCUCCCAGGGAAGAAGAAGUCUAAGCUGAAGAUUUUGAGAAAUCGUCUCUUUGGGAGGGCAAAGCGAACACAUGGAGAGGGAAGCACCAAAUUUAGCCAGUCUGCCAGUGACAUCACAGCAGGAAAGGGACUCGGCUCAGAGGAGGACUUGGUGUGCUCCCAAAGCAUGCUGGGAUCACGAGCGUUGUCACAUGACAGCAUCUUCCUGGUGGACCAGGUCCUGUCAGAUACGGAGCCAACCAGGGUCCUUUCCCAAGAGAACGUUCACAGCAAGAUCAAGGCUCUGCAGGUGAAGCUACUGCAGCAGAAUAUGCAUUUGGGGCCUCCGCCCCUGGUCCUGCCAGUCAAACAUCCUGAUGACCCGAGCAGUCGUAUGGAGGAUGAUGGUCUUCCUCACAGCCCCCCCGAGGUCUCAGUUGGCAACACCACCAACAAGGGUGCCUUCAGCAAGAGGUCAUUCCUUCCCAGAAGCCAUAGCCCCUUUAGUUUAGCAGGAACAGGAUGUGAAGAGGAGGAACAAGUAACAGCAUCCCCUCAAUGUGGGCCUGACAUGGCGACAUCCCAGCCGUCUUCUCGCCCACUUUCCCCCAUCCCCAAACCAACACUUUCUAGAUCAACACUUCCCACCCCAUCCCUCUCUGCUCCCCUGUCUGUCCUCUCUUCAUCCCCUCCUGCUGUCGUUUCUGCUUCUUCGGACUUCAGCAGCCCAGCCCAGUUCACCCCUUGCCUGGACACCUCUGCUGCACGCCACCGCAUGUCCGUCAAACCCAGAAACCAGAGGGCCAGCACCAAGGGAAAGAGACUGUGUGAGACCGACUCCAGGCCUCAUUCAAACAACCUAAACAACAUUGACCAUCCGGUGUCUGAGGUGGUGGUGGAAGAGCGAUCUGAGGAGGCACAUCUGAGCUCUCACUACACCCAGAUCUCCAGAACAGAACGAGGAGGUCCCAUUCUCCCCAUCAUAUCUCAGUAUCUCCCCAAAACUUAUGCCCCUAUCUUCUCCCAUCAGCCAUCACAGCACGACAAUUCAUUCACUGGGAGAGAUAAUUCUAAGACAUCCCAGUCUGUUGAUGCUAAACUCCAGAUACCCAUGGAUGGAAUGACUGAACAUCAGCCACAGUGGACCUCCAUCCAACCAGAGUCCAAAGGAAGAAGAGGGGGACGUGAAGACUUGGAGACGUGGGCGCCAUUUCACACCAAGAGGGAAACUCUAAUCAAGACUGGUGUGUAUGAUAAAACAGCCAGCAGAGAAGGUGACUCAAAAGACAGCUCUGCAGUGGCUUUCAGGUCUUCUUCCAUUCAGCAAAUUCAAAGUCAGGUGGAGUCCACAGGAGGAUUCCAGAGACCAGCCUCAGGCUCCUUCCACUUCUCUGUCUCCACAACCAAAACCCGAGAGGAAGAGAGGCCCAGAUCGGCCAGUUUCUUGGGAACGGUGGAACUGUCUGAAAGGCCCAAGACCUGUGGGGUAGCAGAGGUUAAGUCAUCUCCUUUGAACUUGAGCCAAAGAGGAAGGGAGUUACAGACGAACAGGCUGGAAGGAGACAAAGUGCCACUGAGGGAAGGUGGACCUUUACAGGGACGUCAAGUCUGUCCCUGGGACAGAAGAGACACCCUCAAAAAGACGGAGACAGUAACACCUUCAGCAAAAGUGACCAUGGAUACAGGAGGUUUAACGGGAGGUGAGGUUGAAGAAGCGAAGGAAGUCCUGGAAGAAGAGGAAAAGAUGGCAUUUGGUGUGAGGCUCCGCUCCACGUCUCUCUCUUUGAAAUACCGCCCCGAUGCUGCAGCUGCCCUCUCCAGCUCUGGUGCUAGGUGGCAAAGUGAAGAGAUGCAAUGUAACACAAGGAAAACGAUGGAGGAACUAGACAAUACCAUCAACCACCAGUCUAAAAAGCUACUUACAAACCUCCCCUCUGCCCCCAUUUCAGCCAUGGGGUCGCUCAGACAAGCUGAUGGAAAUCCUAUCCUGCCUGGUGUCUCAACCAUUCCAGUCAAACCAAACCCACCACCUGCUGAUGAUCCCCACGUUACUCCUGCCCCGACCGCAGAGGUCACCUCCAAUCAACAGGAAUUAGAAACUGUCCCAUCAGCCCCUCAGCAGCCCCAGACUGCUCCUCAGGUGGCCCCAUCUGAAAUGUCCUGGAUGAGCCUGGCCAUGGAAAAGACCAGAAGCCUCCAACAACUCUUCACUAGUAGACUGCCCAGAGAUUUUACCAGCAUCCAGACUGUUACUCGACCACAGGCGCAAACGCAGCCCAAAAAUCAGGGGCAGAUUGUGACAGAGCCGAAAACCCAGAAGGUAACGCGAACAGAGAUACAGACUGAGACACAAGUAGAGAUGCAGGCAGCAAAACAACGGGAGGUUUCUGCACAAAUGCAGGCAGAGAUACAGCAGUCAACUGAGACUAUCAAACCAUCAUUUCUGAAAACAGCAAGUCCAGCGCAGAUGGCCAGGCCAUCCCUAAUGCCGAACCCAGUCCAACAGAGGACAUCAACACCAUCUACCAGUUAUCCAUACUCCUCUAAAGCACCGCAGAUGCAAAACACAUCACACAUUUUGAAACAAGCAAACAACCCUCUAUUUCAACCGAACACAACUCAACCAUUAACACAAUCUAGCCUAUACUCUGCUUCUCACUCGGCCACAGAAACAACAGAGUCUCCUCUGUGUCUCUCUCCACAAAUGGAGGCUGGACCUAAAACUGCUCAAAUGAGCGUCAGUCAACCGCUUGACCAAACCUACCUUUCCUCAGGCCAACACACCACAAACCAGCAAACACCGUGGAGCAAUCGAGGACUCUCCGCUUCCACUUUCCCCAAAUCUACAACCUCAGCUCAGGCCACAGCUUCUAGCACCACGCCUUCCCAAACUUCAACUCUGGUGUCAGCCUCAGGGAGAGGGGAAAGAACUGCUGUCCUCCAGGGAAAAGGAGAAGGGCCACCUCUAUCAGAGAGGCGUGCGGUUUGGGCCGGGUCCACGGUUGAAAAGGCCACCUUCAUAGAGAAACAAAGAGCGUGGACCGCUCCUCUGCCUGAAGACAAGGUGGAACUAUGGAAGACCCAAACAGAGACUCAAGCAGAGUCUUCUAGCUUAGCAAAUAUCACACCUUUGAACAAAAUCCCCAAACCUGAGGGAAGGCUGGGAGUAAGGUUUACAGAGUCAAGCCCGAUCAAAGUUCCAGUCAGGCUUGCUGAUCGUGAGGACAAAUGGCUUAGAAAAAACAUGCCGUCAUCUUCCUCACCGUCUUCAUCACCUACACCAUCCUCCCCCCUGCAUUCAAUGUCUGACAGUGGCCAACCAUCCUGGAUGGAGCUGGCCAAGAGAAAAUCGAUGGCUUGGAGCGAUAAGAAUAUGGACUAACAAAGAUUCUGAAGGAGUCUAGAUGUUGUGUGUUUAUGCUUACACAUUUAGGAUACAUAAAUAUAUUUUAAAAAGGCCUAUUGUUUAUUAAAAUCCACCACCACCACCCAAUCAUAGCUACAUGAAUUAAUAAUAUGGAUAUGUAUGAAUAGCGUGUUUCACUGUGAUUCACCAUUUCAUUGCUGUUUUAGUUAAAUGUUUAUGUCAAAUAAAAUUUCUAA